AUGGCGGGAAAACACUCAUCGGACAACUUGAGUCCGGACAAAGCUGGAUUCAAGGCAGAAUUGGAAAGAGAAGGUGAAGACACACUCCUUUGUGACGAUGAUGUGAACAACAACUGAGUCCUAAGGACAAUUCCUGUCGCUUCAGCAAAAGCCAAUGACUUGUUGGAAUCGACACUGUUCAAGCUUAAUGACAACAUGUUGUCAGUAUCUCAGGCUAUGAGCUUGAUAAAGAAACCCUUGCUCGAUUUGUUGAUGGCCAGAGACACUGGAAAAGGCCAAGAGUUGAUGAAUUGUCUGACUCAGACACCGACUCGAAUAAUGACGCUUCUGAAUCAGACAGGGACACGCGGCUUUAAAAAAGGAGAGCAGAGUAACCCGACAUGGGAGCUGAAAGAUGAUUUGCUCAACACGAUAGCAAACGAUCUCAAUGCUGACGAGUAA